AUGGCAGGAAAAGGAGAUGCAAGACAGAAAGUAAUAGCAGGCGCCACUACCAACAUUUUGAACACCAUCAACGAAGAUGGCAGGGAAGAUAAUGAGAAUGUGACGCCAAGCGCUACACCCAGGCAGAGUGAUUCACCUCCUCCUCAUGAAAGUAUAUACGAUGGUACUACAGACCCCGAAAAUCACAUCAUUCAUUACGUUACAACGGCGAAAGGCNGGUAUUCACAAUUACUGGCACAGUCAAUAACAAUAUUCGAAGAAAUGGCCGACAAGUUCGUCACCGCCCAUGCCGGGGCUAAAAAGGCGGAGGCUAGGGUGAAUGAUAUAUUCGCCGUUAGGCAAUCGCCUGGCGAGGGACUCAGGGACUUCCUCACCCGGUUUGACAGAGUAAGAAUGAGCCUAUCAAAUGUAUCAGAAGGAAUGGCGGUGGUAGCUUUCCAAAAAGGGUUGAACAGGAACUGGUCGAGAGCAACCAGAAAGUUAUUAAGCAGGCUCAUGAAAUACCCUCCCACCACUUGGGAAGAAAUCCACAACGCAUACUGCGCCGAGGUGAGAGCAGACGAGGACGACCUUAACGGUUCAACCCAACGAUUAACAUCAGUCCAAACGAGGUCGAGAAAAGAUCGUCGUAACAAUGGUCGAAGAGAUCAGUCAGUUCCCCACCUCAACCAAGAAAGGCAUCAACUCUACAUCAGAAUAGCCGUCCCACCGUCUCCUCGGCACGUGGAAGGGCCGUCCAGGCCACAUGUAGGGACUUACCGAAACGAAAGAGGUAUGCCUCCACUCUUAUCUGCUUACAAUUUUUGUGUUUCCCCUUCAGAAAUAGUGUACGCACUAGAGAAGCUGGGCACAAAGGUAAAGUGGCCACAAAAAAUGAAGUCCGACCCAAAUACCCAAAAGUUGAACGUCUUCUGUGAAUUUCAUCAGGAGCGAGGUCACAAAACCGAGGACUGCAUAGCCCUACGGCAAGAGGUAGUAAACAUGCUGAACCAAGGGCACCUGAGGGAGCUGAUGAGCGAUCGUGGACGAGCCAACUUCGGUCGCGGACGUGAGCAACACCAGGGCCCUCCAAAGCCACCCUCCCCCGCUCACACCAUCCAAAUGAUCAUCAGCGGGGGCGAUGAAGCAGCGAUCAACCACGUGAAGUUCACCACCACACACAAACUGAAGCGGUCGAUCUCCCACGAACGGUGUGACGACCUCGGAGACAGUAUCAUCUUCAAUAAGUCAGAUACCGAUGGUUUAACUUUCCCUCAUUUCGAUGCUCUUGUUAUUACUUUACGUAUUUUAGAUACUGAUGUGAAAAGAAUAAUGGUAGACGACGGAAGUGGCGCGUGUAUUAUCCAUCCUCGAGUUCUCACACAAAUGAGACUCGAAGACAAGAUAGUACCAUGUUGCAUAACACUAACAAGUUUUAACAAUGCAGUUGAGCGAACCUCAAGGGAGAUAGCGCUACCCGUCCUGGCCGGAGGGUCACCCUAG